AACCGUAAAGUGUGGAUGCUUGCGUAUUGAUCCCGUCUGUCCGAAAGUUAGAUAGACGAACAGGUGACAGGAUAUCUCUUCCCGCGUUAUAGUCUAUUUGUGCAACGCAUGUAAUUCAUCGAGACCGAUUCGCGCACAAGUGCAGAGAGAUAUUGGUUAUGUUCGCUGUUUGGGUGAAAACAAAUUGAAGAGCGAUGUAGCGUAACGAGGCAUACCCAGUUUGUACGCGUGGAGAUUUGUUCACGAUCAAUUGGAACAAAAAAGUCCGCAUAAAUGUACGGCGGCGACAGCAGCAGCAGGUGCAACGACGUCCCCUGCACGGAACAUCGAAACAAUGUCCGACGGUUCUAAGAUGGGCCUAUUCGGCUCGAAGGACCGAAAUCAGGAACAAAAAGAGAAAUCUUCCAAGGACAACUCUCCAUCCCGUUAUGCACCAUAUGGCGUUGACAGCGACACCGAAACAUACGAUACCGAGACCCUGAGCAUGAUGGAUAUCAACGAUAUCAUCGGCGUACAGUCCGGCGAGCAGAUCGGCGAUUCAACUCUUGAAAGCGAAAUCGCUGCUCUUUCACAGAUUAUUACAGAAUCAAAGGAAGAGCCGACCUUACAGUUGGAGAGCUUAAAGCCAGUAACGCAAUGUAGUUCUUCUACGAUACCGAGUCCUACUUCUAGUACUGUUUGUAUCACAAGCAUUGAUAAUAUUGAUAUUCCUAAUGCCGAAUGCAGUAUUGUGUCUGAAAAGUGUACAGGUAGCAUCCAUGAAAUGCAGCAAGAGAUGUCUGAUCUUGCCUGUGAAAGUAAGACACAAGCAGAAUCAUCAAUUACCAUAGAACAAAGUGUUUCAAAGAAUACAGAAAUGGACCUUAUAAUUAAACAUGAUGAAGCUUCUGACGUAAAUAUUAACCAAGACCCUACAGUAUCUUCAGAUAAAGUAGUUGGUGAUACAUCUACAGUUUGUACAACAGAAUCGUCUUCCAAUAACAAGUCACACACUGAGAUUAAUUCCUCAACUGUCAUGUCAAAUGAUGAUACUUUACCGGAAACUGCUACAGAGAAAAGUGUUGUUGAGAAGACAGAUGAAACCAUUGACAAAACAAUUGACAGUCAAAAUGAAAUCAAAAGUGGUAUAAGGCCUAUGGUAACAGUUGGUAACAUUAGCAAGAGUUUGCAACUGAUAGGAGAAGCAUAUAACUCUGAGGAUUCGGAGGAAACGGAUGUGAACGACUUGCCAAAAGAGACUGCUUCACUUUCUGUUUCUAAAGAAACUUCACUGCCGAAUGUUUCUCCAAAACAGCAUGAAGAAGACAAUUCUGAAUUAACUGAUAUAUUGGAACAAAAUACUGAAACGUCUUCAAAGUUAAAUAAUACUGCAAGUGCGACUAUUUCAGAAGAAUUAAAUGCGAAAGUAGAAGACGUAGACAGUAAGAUAGAAGAUCCAAAUAUAAAAGAGUCCGAAGAUUCUAAUUGUAGUAAAACAUCGCAACAAGUUUUAGAAACACAAGGAAAGAUUGAUGAUGCGUCAAAUAAAGUAACAGAAUGUAUUGAUAAUGAUGUAUCAAGUCACACACAAAGUAAAAAUAAUACUGAAAUAGAAAUGGAUAUAACUGAAGGAACAGUAUUAGAACAUCAAUUUUCCAAUGAAAUUUCUAAAGAAAUUAUAGGUUCAUUUAUUGAUACAUCUACGAUGUCAACAAUGGAAUUAACAGAAAGUACAGAUGAAAACAAAGAAAAUACUGAAAUAGAAUCAAGUAUAUCAACAGUUGCCGAAAUAGAAAAGCAAGAUAAUUCUACAACUGUUAGUGAAAAAGAGACGCCAAAUACAGGAGAAGUAAAUGAUAAUUGUCCUAUUAUUGAUGAUGCAAAGGAAUAUACAAAAGAUGUACUUGACUGCGAAGAUAGAGAUGUUUCUGUAUUUGCAACUGAAUCUCAGGAAUCUAUUUUAACUGAAAUAUCUGAUAAAGAAUUAAAUAUAAUAGAAGUGACAAGUAAAAAUAAUAAUUCUGAGGAAGAUGUCAUUAAUGAAAGUUCUCAGGCAACACAAGAAGACGUUUCGAUAAAGACUAAAAUUAAUGAUGAUUCUCAAGAAACAGUUUUUAUACAAGAUAUUGAAAAAACUGCUACAACUUCCAAUACUCAAGAUAAUGUGGAUGUAGUCAAUGCUGAAGAAACAUCUGUGCCAAUGGAUAGAAACACACUUCAAACUGUGUCAGAUACAGCUAAUAAAGAAUUAAUUUUAAAUGAAGAUACAUCAACAAGUCAUCCAGAUAUUGAAGAAAAGAAUGUAAUAGCCAAUACACAGCCUGCAGAUAGUCAUUCGUUAAGUGAAGAAAAUUCAGAUUUAUGCUCUAAAAAUUUAACAAUACAAAAUGAUUCAACUAAUAUUAAUGAUUCUGAAGAAACAAAUGUUUGCACGCAAAAAGAUAUUCUUGAGCAAAUAGUUGAAACAUUAACUCCAGUUGAACAUGAUGAAUCUGUUAAACAAUUUCCUUUUAUGUCAGAAAAAUCUGAAAUUGAUUCUGAAUUACAUUCUGCUCCAAUCUCGUGUGAUAAUUCAAGUAACAUAACUGAAAAUAUAAGCAAAUCUGAGGUUGAAGAAACAGAGGAUGUAGAAAGGAAGACAUCUGAUGUGAUAUCACUCUCUAAAGAUGAAGAUGAAACUUCAAUGAAAAAUAAAUCGAAGAAAACGCUUGAUCAACCCGAAUCAUGUGUUCAAAACGAAGUUAGUUCAUUUGUACAGAUGGAAACUAAGUUAACUUCGGAAAACGUUACAUCUGCCAAUCUAUUAUUAGAGAAUGAUACAAACUCAUUAUUGACUGAAAAUUUAAUUGUUUCAGAAGAUGAUGUAACAGAUUAUGUGUGCAAUAAAAUACAGAAGGAAGAUAAAGUCGUGGAAAAUGUUACUGAGAUAUCGUUGAACGAAACAGCAAUAAAAGUACCAGAAUUAAACGAAGAGGAAAUUAAAGAAAUUGAAAAAGAGGAAAGUCAUAAAAUAAAUUUAGAUUUGGAAUCGGUAAUUCCAAAAGUAGAUAUCCGGACAGAUCAAGAGGAUAUCAGUUUACAAGAUGAUGGAGAUAAAAAUCCGUGCGAAAAACCUAUAAAAAUACCUGUGGAAUCGAAAGAAUCGAUCGAUGAUAAUGUAACACCGAUAAUCGAGGAAAAUGUAAAAUCAGUCGUAGAAGAAUCCAUUGAUGCCAAUUUAAAAGAGGUACAAUCGAACGUAAUUGAUAUCUCUUUAUUACACGAAAGCUCGAACGAAAACGUGAAUGUCGAAAAGUCUACGGAGAAACUGUCUCAAGAUUCGGAUAGUACAGAUACCCCAGCUACUGCUCAAACUAUAGACAGUUUAGAGGGACUUUUGGAUAUAACUCUUAUGUCGGACAACGAAAACUCUUCGUUAAAAGAUAUGAAAACUGAAGAUAAAGUCCUAAUGGAAGAAAUAGUAAAUAAAAAUAUCGAUAUGGAUCUGUUAUUAGAUCAAGCAAAUCAAAGUGAAGCAACCAUGACGCAAAAUUCAGACUACAUAACAAACGUGAUUGCUAGUUGUUUGACAAACAGAGAUAAUGAAAUGAGCGAGGCUAAUAUCAACAUACCGAGUAACGAUAAAACUACCGAAAACGAGGAUAGUAGCUUAAAAAUGAACGAAGACAUGAGUACGGUAAGUGAGACGGCGGAUAACGAGAAGAUAAUAGAAGAAUCUCUUGGAACGGAUAGCAAUUUGCAACAGAACGAUUUGGACAUGGAUUUCGAGAGCAACCGAUUAGAGUCGGUCGAUUUGGAGGAAAGUGAAGCAAAGCUGGAAUUGUCGCAGGAUAUUCUGCUGGAAGGCGUGAGUGAAAAUCUUUCCCAACAUGCCGACACCCCUAUCGUCAUCGAGAAUUCGCAGUCAAGUUCGGAAAUCUCUGAAUUGGAAUCUGCGGUAAAAUUCUUACAAGAAUCCGAAGAGCAGACCGCGGAGCUUUACGUGUCCGAUGAGAUAGACAAUUACGCGAACGCCGAAUCCGAAUUGGAACAUUUGAAAGACACUGCGGAUGCUAUUUCCAUCUCGGAAGCAGAGAUCAUAUCAGAGGCUGCUAAGUUGGAGAACGAGCGGAAAUUCGCAACGCAGAUGCAAAACGUUCCCAGUAUCAUUGUGAAGAACACCGAAGAAGAGGUAAAUGAGACAGAGGUUUGCACAUAUUCGAAGACAUCUGAUUCGGCUUCUGUCGCAGAUGGUUCCUUGAAUGCACAAACAGUCACACGUGUGAAACAAUCACACGAAGGAAAAGAAACUGUAACCAUUGAAUCAUUACUCACAGAAGGUGUUCUGCAAAGUGAGCUGAUUCCAGGAAUGUCAAUAUUGGGGGACCGACUGAUGGAACCACCGAAGAUCGAGAUACCCAUUCUGGAUUCGACUAAAGUGUUGGAAUCUUCCAUUAGUCCGAACGAUAAUCUUCUCAUACCGAAGGACGCGAGAACUAUCGCGUACUCGAGGAUGUUGGAAUCACCGAAAUCGGUUGACAAAAUUGAAUCGAAAGGCGCCGACACGCCGCGUAAAGACUCUGAAAAGCACUCAGAUUUCGAGAACGUCGGUUCGCCUAGAAUAAUUCUGAAGAUUGCGAAAUCGGCGAUCACGGACUGUAGUGAACCGCGAUCACCGAAGAGUCCAAAAAUUCGAUCAGCUACGAAUUCGCCGAAUCCGGAGGAUAGUCCGGGUCAGAAAUUGGGAAAGAUUAAAUUGAAGCUAUCGAAGGGAGGCCACCCCUCUAUAAUAUCUAACGAGAAUCUGGACGAAAUCAAUCAGUGGCACACCACCGACAACACGUCGUCAUUAUCUCCUAUCGGCAUGAAGAUCAAGCUGUCCAAAUCCGGCGACGCUUCAAUCGUGGGUGCAGAGAAACACGAAAGUCUGGAUGACUCAAAGGAGACAAAAUAUAAAAUUGAAGAGCCGAAAAGAACGGAUUCUCCGAUCGGUAUGAAGAUAAAGCUGUCUAAGUCUGGAGAUGCUUCGAUCAUCUCCGAUUCCAGGCAACAGGAUACCAAAGAAUCUCUUACGAAGCACAAAGAGAAGUUGGAGAUAUCGCAGGGAAGCCCAAAAAGAACAGAAUCGCCGAUUGGCAUGAAGAUCAAGCUCUCCAAAACUGGCGACGCUUCUAUCAUUCAGACCGACAGGCAAGAAUCUUUAGAGGAGCAUAAGGAAAUUACACAGAAACGGACUGAUUCUCCAAUUGGCAUGAAAAUUAAACUGUCAAAGACCGGCGAUGCUUCUAUCGUAUCUCCGGAUACUCCUGAAGACUCCAUAAAGGUAAAGGAAAAGCAGGACUAUUCGGAACUACCAAAAAGAACCGAAUCUCCAAUUGGAAUGAAGAUAAAGCUAUCCAAGUGCAAAGGUGGUGCAUCUAUUAUUUCUGUAGAUAAUAUUGAAGAUACAAGAGAUAAAUUGGAAGUACCUGAUCCACCUAAGCGUACUGAGUCACCACUCGGUAUGAAGAUAAAGUUAUCCAAAACCGGAGAUGCAUCUAUUAUACAUUCCGAGGUCACAGAAGACGUUAAAGAAAUUAAAUACAAAGACAAAUCUGAGGUAUUGCAAGAUACUGUGAAAACGUCCGAGUCUUCUGGAAUCAAGAUCAAGGUGAAGACGGGCGAAGCAACAUCGUCAGGAUCGUCGGAUGUUACCGAGGAGCAAGAGGUAUUCCAAGCCUCCGAAUCGUCAACAGGCGGCAUUCCGAGAAUCAAAGUAUCCAAAUCUGGGGAUAUGUCGAUUGUUUCUAAUAAAACGGAAUCGACAGAAGAUUCGAGACCACGGGAGAGUCAAGCAGAAGCAUCCAAAAGAACAGAAUCUCCACUUGGUAUGAAAAUCAAACUGUCCAAGAGCGGCGAUGCUUCUAUUGUGCAGAGCGAGGCUGAAGAGCAUCAAAGUAAGAUUUCUCGUGUGCCCGAUACAGAAUAUUCAAAAGGUGGUGACUCGUCCCUCGGGAUGAAGAUCAAGCUAUUCAAGUCAGGUGAUGCUUCAGUAGUGGAGACACCUCCUUCCAGUUCUUCCGAAAAGAAAGACAAGCAACAGAGACGCAGGGACACCGCCGAAUCGCCGCUGGAGAUGAAGAUCAAAUUGUCCAAAACUGGUCACCCAACUAUUGUGGCAUGCGACAAUCACGGAGAGUCCUCUACGCCCAAAGCUAAGGAUCCAGCGACUCUGGAUCCAGCAGUGAAUUUUUCUCAUAGGUAUAUGGAACACGCUGCAGCGCAUAAAGAACCCGCAUUGAAGAUCCUCAAGACCAGCAGUCACCAUCCGUCUAUUCUACAGAGCAAUCGUUCUGAACUGACGAUCGAGCCAGUGCAAGUGCAGAGCAGAAAGCAACCAGCAGAAAAUGUCCAACAGCAGAUCGAAAUAUCGCCCAAGCGUAAAGACGUAACGAUCUCGCCAGUUGAGAGCAAAAAAUCUAAGCUGGAGACACAACUCUCACAGAUCUUGCCGGAGGUCACCAUCCAACCGGUAUUGUGUCGGGAUCAGAAACAACAGCAGCAGCAACAACAACAGCAAUUGUUGUUCGAUCCGAAGACGAGUCUAAUCAGUCGACAGCAGAUGAACGUGAUCAACCAGGAGAUCAGUAUCACACAAGUGCGGCCAGACAGUGCGUCUGACAAGUUCAAGGAUACGUGCAAAAAUUCACCAGGCGGAUUGUCGGAUUGCGAGAUCAUCGAGCAUCGCCCAGAACUAAUAAUCGUCAACGAAAAUUCGAACUCCAGCCAAGAUGUUGUCAUUAUAGAGGAAGUGACCCCUAACAGAAUAGCCGAUAUCAAAGUGCCAAAGAAGAGAGGAAGACCACGAAGAAAUCCUGUGGCACAAGUUCAGCAGUCUGCACAAAUGCUGAUGCCUAGAGAUCCCCUAGCCCUAGACGAGGUGCAGCAAGUUCCUCCGCAACAAUUCGAACAUAGAGAAAAUGAGAGACCUAAAAGGACCUGCAGGAAUCAAAAGAGUUACGCUCCGCCCAAAAGAGGUAGAGGACGAGGUCGCGGUAAACGGAAACUAGAUAACGUGGAACCUCAAAUUGGGAAGAAGACUCGUGUAGAUCAAGAUUUAGACGCUAUAGAGGCAUCAACAAUGGCUGUCAUCACCAUCGACGAAACACCAGUACAAGAAUCACUUCGAAAAUCGUCAGAACAACUGUACAAGGCGCUGAAACAACCGCCCAUAGAUCGUAAAAGUAUGAGUUCCACAUUAAGUCGCAAAGAAGCGGGGAAAAAAGAUUGUAAAGCCUUGAACUCUGAGAUCGCGACAUUAGACCCUGCCAGGUUGUCGGAUGUUCAAGAAGAUGCAAAGAAGGCGUCUACGAGUCAGGGCCCAUUGGUCUCGAAAGCUGACGAACAGCAUAAAAAACCGACCUUAGAAAUUGUCUCUGAGAAAACGCAGAAGUCAGCGACAAAACAACAUGCUGAAAAUAAAGGUAAGAUGUCAGACGGGAUUAAAGAGAUACCUGUACCUCCCGGACAUUCGAAUUGGCUGACGCCAACGUCAAAGAAGCAAACAGAUUCAACAGCCAUUAGAGGCGAAACAGUGUCGACGGUGCAAGUGAUCGAUGAAGAAACAAGAAUGAGCGCCGAAUCCGGCUCAAGGUCCCAAACACCAGCUAGAAAUAUACCAGCACCAACUUCAGAAACAAUAAUAAAUGAAGAAUCGCAAGGUAGUGUCCUAAGCACUGCUACGACGGAAUCUGAAAAAGUUAAAGUAAAGAACCGAAGAAUGGAGAUUAAUUUCGAUCCCGAUGAAGGACCUUUCACUGUUGAUAAAAUAGCAGAAUACGAAUGGCCACUAGAUCGAAAGGGUGAAACCUUUAUGAUACAGGAACAAAUAUCACAGUAUCUUGGCGUAAAGUCUUUUAAGCGCAAAUAUCCUGAUCUCAAACGCAGAGUAGUUGAUAUGGAAGAGAGAAACUAUUUGAGGGAGAAUGGAUUAGUCAGUGAAGCAAUGUGCGAUAUGGGACUAACUGCGAUAUGUAGCUCCGAAGUACUAGACAUAAUGUGCAGUGAUUUCCCCGAUCAGUACGAAGAAUAUCGUAAACAUAUGCGCGAAAAACAAGUCAAGGAACAUUCCAAGAAGCAGAAGGAACUGACGGCGGCAACAAAUGCGGAGAGAAACAGGAUAGAUCUCGCAGAAAUGGCAAUGCAGUCCGCAUUUACAUGGAACGCUAAUUUAAAUAAAGCUCGCAAGGAACAGCGCAAAUACUGCUUAGAUCUGCAAACUUUCACAAUUCAUCAACCACAGAAGCAACACAAAGCCGAUUCGGAGCACAAAGUUGGUCAUUAUCCUGUUGCUCUGAUACCAGGACAGUAUACCGAUUAUUAUCGGGAAUAUACACCAGCAGAAUUGAGGUAUUAUCCUCUAAAUACGGUCUUAUAUGGACCCACACGACCUAAUGAACGUAAAAGUGAUAGUCAAUCAGAAGGUUCUCAGAGCGAUAGCGAUAGCGAAUCAUCUUCCGAUGACUCAAGUUCAUCCUCCAGCGAAGGUACACAAGAUACGGAAGGAUCUCAAUCAACCAUGGACGAAGUGGACAUGGAAAUUUCGAAUUCAAAGGAUGACACAAAGUUAAAGUGCAAGAUGUGCCUGAAAGUUUUAAAUAAACAUAACAAGAACGAAAUAUUAAUUCAAUGUGGUACUUGCAAUGGAAACGUUCAUCCAUCCUGUAUAGAUUUAACAUUAGAUAUGGUACCACACAUUCAAUCAUAUGCAUGGCAAUGCACUGAUUGUAAAACGUGUGUACAAUGUCACGAUCCUGCAGACGAAGACAAGAUGCUCUUCUGUGAUAUGUGCGAUCGUGGGUAUCAUAUCUAUUGUGUCGGUUUACGACGAGUACCACAGGGAAGAUGGCACUGUCAAGAAUGCGCUGUAUGCGCGAAUUGCGGUUCGAGGGAGGCUGGCGGUGCUAAUUCGGACCGAAACAGUGUUGCGCAAUGGCAACACGAAUAUAAAAAGGGCGAGAAAAAUACUCGAAUAUAUGUCUCGACGCUCUGUGUACCAUGUUCGAAGCUGUGGCGAAAGGGUCGCUAUUGCCCGCACUGCAGUCGCUGUCAUACCGCCCAAAGGCUCGACCUGGAAGCGAAUCUAGUGCAUUGCAGCGCAUGUGACAAGUAUCUGCACUUAGAAUGCGUGGAGACCAAGGGAGUAGUGGUUGACAAGAAAAAUUAUCAAUGUGAUUUCUGUACACCAUCGACCAGCCAGCAUGUAAAGCCUUUAAUGUCGAAGGUGCUCAAAACGUGAAUAUAAUUACUGUAACAUUGUCGAGGAAAAGAAAAUAUCGUGCUGUAUAAUACCAAUGCCAGUGGUGUAUAUUAUACUAUUAUAUUAAAGUAAAUAAGUUUUUUAUUGAGUGCGUUUGUGGACAAAUGCGCGCAAGAUUUUCUUCUGGAGUACUUCAUGACAAACGAGUUACAUUGUACAUAGCUGCGGAAUGAGUCAUUUAACUUUUAAUUAUGAAUUUUUAACAUAUUGUUUAUCGCGAGAACAGUGAAUUGUUUAGUAAGGAAAAGACUGAAUGUGUUUAAUUUUGAAUAUGUCAAAAUUACGAGAUACAGAGUGACAACGCGAGAAAUCGCGCAUUUUCUCUCGAUUAUAAAUUCUUUAUUCUUUGACGAACUUGAAAUCUAUUAUUGUAUACCAUAAGCUUAGUUAAACGUGCAUUU